AUGCGGAUGAACGGCGGGAGGCUGCGUGACCGCGACAUCGUAGUUGCGCGGGGCCGCCAGGAGGUGGAAGGCACCAGGGGGUGCGCAGUUCUGGUGGGCGCUCGGGGGGUGUUGGUGGCUGCCUUCGUCGAACCAUUCGAGCAGUGCCACACGGACCACCGGCCUCAAGAACAGGUCGAGGACAUCGACGCCGCCGGCUUUGCAACUGGGCUGUUCCCCAGCUUGGCCGUCAUCCGCGAAGCGGAGCAGCUGGGUUUGAACGUGCGAGGGCGGCCGAUCCAGCUGGCGGCGGCGGCUCUUUGGUCGGCGAUGGCUUUGGCGGGGACGGGAAUGAACCCGUCGGCGCCGAAGGCGCUGGCAACCGUCGGACGCGCACCGUGCUUGUCCGCGGGCUGAGUUUUACCACGACAGACGUUCAGCUGCGGGGGUUCCUCUAGGGCCACGGGCAGGGCGACGGGUUCGCCAAUGUGAGGGUGCCGCAGAAGCGGGGCGGGUGACGGACAAAGGGCAAAGGCGAGGUGGUUUCCACACGGCCGACCAAGCAACCCGUGCAGCCGAGGCGCUAAGCGGUGCUGUGCUGCACUUCAGACGACUCGCGGUUUUUCUGAAAUAUCCCAGCAGGGGACGGACGCCGCAGUAGUACAAGCGGAAGGCGGAACCAAGCAGGGCGCCGCUGGUAGAGUAGGGUAUGACU